GGAGGCGUCGAUUGAUUAAAAAAAACAACCUCGCCGUCGACUUCUUCCAGAUCUUUUCGUCUGGGGCGAUUCUUAUUCCGGCGUCUCAUCUCUGUAAUGCCCUAUAUUUAUGAUUUAAUUUCUGAAACAGACGUUUCUGUUCUUCUUCCUCUUCAUUUUCUGAACCGUCUUCAUCAUCUCCACUCCCUACCAAGCGAUCUAAGGUCAAGAUCAAUGUCGCUAUUGAAUCUGAGGCGGCGGCGGAACCGGAUUCGGAUCAAUCACAAGACAAUCUACUCUCGAUCGAUUCAUCGCAAUAGCCGACCUCAAGCCUCCUCCGCCGGAUCCCCAAGUUGUUUCCGACCCAAGUUUCGAGUGUGGUAAUAACGACAGCGUCGGGAUCGAUCCUGAGACAGCUAAAACUUGGAUUUAUCCAGUAAACGUUCCUCUGAGAGAUUACCAAGACUUUGAUUUGCUAUAACACAUUAGUUGCCUUACCAACAAGACUUGGUACUUCAGAUGGUUUCCAAAAGGUUAAAUAUCAAACCCACUUUUUAUGUCUCCAUCUCUAUCAGAACCCGUCCUUGUCACUUACCCAGAAUCUUCAGCAGAAGCCACGAGCUUCAGUGGCAGCACCAAGCCAACGUCAGGAUCAGCAGCUUAUGCGCUCUCCGAUCAAGCUCAUCCUCGCUUCUCAGAUGUCUACGAAUUCGAUCGAGAGAAACAAAGACAGUGACAAGAGACUGUAAGCCGCCACGUGGAAGAACUCAGAAGUGCCCUCUCCUUCUGUACGCGAGAUGGUUCUUCAUCUCCAGCACAGUGAAUCGCAUCCUCUACUGGCUCUAGCUUCUCUCCGCAACGGCUUGUGUGGCUUUGUCGUCUUACAAGCUGGUGUAGUCAACGCGCUGAUCCAACACCAGUGGCGUCCAAAGUCGUUUAUCACGGUUUCUGGAGAGGUUGACUCUAGGGCGAUCGAGAAGAGUGCCAAGAUUGGGUUGGGAUGUGAUUAAUCGCAACCUUCUCUUCCUUGUGGAUCUGCGUGCUUAUUGCAUUUUGAGAUAAAUGGGGCGUAUCACAUACUACUAAUGUAUCUUCUCGCUGAAUUCUCCCUCUUUCAGCUGUGUGAAUAUCAAAGUAAUCACAUAAAAUUCAUCUCUGUAUUAUUACUCCUCUGUGUGUUGUAUAUAAAUCCAUAGGUUGAAGGAAAAAGCGAGCGUGUACUCAAAUUCCUCAAAUCGGAGAAGGUAGAGCUGGAGGCAUGACUCAGCAAGGAGAAUAUAUAAACUCUGCAACUAAAGGAAGAGUUAAAAGAGACUGAUAUGCGAAACACAGAGUUAUACAAGGAACUUCACUCUGUGCGGAGUCAACUUGCAGCGGAACAGUCGAGGUGUUUCAAAUUAGAGCUUGAGGUUGCAGAGUAAGAUAAAAUCUUCAGACAAUGGAAACAUUUGAAAAGGAACUGAAACUCCUCCACCUUUAAAGAGAGGUUGCGUCUGAACAAGCCACCGCCAAUAUGAAUGGCAAAAGACAAAGCUUUGGUGGCGUCUGGGGAUGGCUUGCUGAAACUCCUCCGGCAAAACAUGAAUCCAUUGACUAUGUACCGCACAAAGAUAAUUUAAAAAAACGUGUAUUGUUCUCUAUCUCUGAGCCGACAACAACCAUAGAGUUCUGUCUCUUCAAUAUCAUCUCCGUUAAACUCAUUGCAAGGAUCACAAGUCUUCAUCUUCUAAGAUUUUGUUGAAAAUGCCGAGCAAGUGCGAAAUCUUGUGCGAGAUCUUGAUCGCAGUCCUUCUUCCUCCUCUAGGAGUUUGCCUCAGCCGUGGCUGUUGCACUGUGGAGUUCUUGAUUUGCUUGGUCCUGACUAUCGUAGGAUACGUACCAUGCAUAAUCUAUGCGCUUUACGUGAUUGUUUUCAAGAAACAAGAAGAGUAUUUCAAUGAAGCCAGACGCCCUCUCUACUACUCCGCUUGAUACCUCUCUGUCUCUCUGUUAGAAUCUGUUUUUCUUUGAGAACUUUUCACUCUUUGUACCAAAUAAGUUGUUUUUAUUUAAUGUGUCGAAAGAGGUUUGUAAA